UUCUAUUCUUUUAUCGGUCUCUCUCCCUGUUCUGCAAGGCUCUCUCUCUCUGUGUUCUUCUCCCCCAUUUCGCUUCUCUAAGCUUUCCAAAGCUCUCUCUGAGAUCUCAGCCUCCACAGCGAGGCCAUCCUUUGCUUCCUUCUGCUUCAAGAUCCGCGCUUUUCUAUGUGUCGGUGAUGUACAAUUUAUUCUCUAUCUAUACAUUUCAAUCCAAUAUAUCGUCGUUUUAUGUAUUAAUUUCUUGACCAAUAUAGCAGAUCGGCAUAAUCUUCAAUACCCAUAUGUUGGAUUUUCUAUGAAGUUCUUGCCUCUUCAUUCUCAUUCACUUAACCUUUCAUAGCGCUGUCUUUCACUGUAUAUGUACUUGAAAUUUUUGAAGAUCUGCUAGAUUUUGCUCUGAAUUUGAAUUGGGUGCAUUAGUUAGUCUCAAUGUCUUCUAUUAGAGUUGAUUCAACUAAGCCGUACUUCGCCACGAGCAGUCUCGUGGUUGGGUAUGCACUCUGUUCCAGCUUGUUAGCUGUGAUAAACAAGUUUGCCAUUACCAAAUUCAACUACCCUGGCCUUUUGACCGCACUGCAAUACCUUACUUCUGCUUUGGGAGUUUGGGCUCUGGGAAAGUUUGGAUUUUUACACCAUGAUCCCUUCUCACUCCAGACGGCCAAGAAGUUUUUGCCUGCUGCCUUUGUGUUCUACCUUGCAAUCUUUACCAACACUAAUCUUCUUCGCCAUGCCAAUGUGGAUACGUUUAUAGUGUUUAGAUCAUGCACACCCCUUUUGGUUGCGCUAGCGGAUACUGCCUUUAGGAAACAGCCAAUCCCAUCUAAGCUUACCUUUGUGUCGUUGUUGAUCAUUUUGGGCGGAGCUGUUGGCUAUGUGGCCACUGAUUCGGGUUUCACUCUGACCGCUUAUUCAUGGGCAUUUGCAUAUUUGGUGACCAUUACAACUGAGAUGGUUUAUAUUAAACAUAUGGUCACUAAUCUCGGGUUGAACACAUGGGGUUUUGUGUUGUACAACAAUCUGUUGUCACUAAUGAUGGCCCCACCGUUUUGGAUUAUAACGGGAGAGUAUGCUGAAGUGUUUGGUGCUUUGGGAUCGAAUGCUGCGAAUUUCUUUGAACCUGGUGCACUUUUCGCGGUCUCACUGUCGUGUGUGUUUGGAUUGCUCAUCAGUUUCUUUGGGUUUGCAGCUAGGAAGGCAAUCUCUGCAACAGCAUUUACAGUGACUGGUGUUGUUAAUAAGUUUCUUACGGUUGCCAUCAAUGUGCUGAUUUGGGAUAAGCAUGCCAGUCCUUUUGGUUUGCUCUGCCUCCUCUUAACAAUUGUAGGGGGUGUUCUUUAUCAGCAGUCAGUGACUGGAGCUGGCAGUGCCCCAUCCCAGCGGGAAACAGCAGUGUCUAAGCAGACUCCCGUCGAGAAUGAUGGUGAUGACUUUCCUGAAGAAAAUCAAGGGAAGGCAGUUUCUGGUAAACUUGCUUCUGUAUGAGAAUUCCAUUCCUGCCUGGUCAUAUUUUAGCUACUGGUGAAGCGGCAGUGCAUGUUUGAAGUUUUAUCUUUAGCAUUUAGUAUCUUAGGAAUUUUUCUGUAUCUGGUUUACACACGAAUUAUGUUCUUACAAUUUGAUAUCUGGGAGCACUUCAGCUGAUCUUUUCACCAGUGAUUAAUGACAAUGCCAUUGUUUUUAUCUGGAAAUUAUUUGGUGUCUGAUU